AUGGAGGGGGGCCGGAGAGUCUUCUUUCUGAUUCUGACUGCAGGCCUCUAUGGAGCCUUCCAUGUGCGCUUCCUGGAGCAGCAGAACAAGCUGCUGGAGACCAAGCUGCAGUUCUACCAGAACCGCAAGUGCUGCGAGAGCAACCUGGAGCCCCUGUUCGAGGGCUACAUUGAGACCCUGAGGCGGGAGGCCGAGUGUGUGGAGGCCGACAGCGGGAGGCUGGCCUCAGAGCUCAACCACGUGCGGGAGGUGCUGGAGGGCUACAAGAAGAAGUAUGAAGAGGAAGUGGCACUGAGGGCCACUGCUGAGAACGAAUUUGUGGCUCUGAAGAAGGACGUGGACUGCGCCUACCUGAGAAAGUCAGACCUGGAAGCCAACGCGGAGGCCCUGACCCAGGAGAUCGACUUCCUGAGACGACUGUAUGAGGAGGAGAUCCGCGUUCUCAACUCCCACAUCUCAGACACCUCCGUUGUCGUCAAGAUGGACAACAGCCGCGACCUGAACAUGGACUGUGUCGUGGCUGAGAUCAAGGCUCAGUAUGAUGACAUCGCCAAUCGUAGUAGGGCUGAGGCUGAGUCCUGGUACCGCACCAAGUGCGAGGAGAUGAAGGCCACAGUGAUCAGGCACGGGGAGACCCUGCGCCGCACCAAAGAAGAGAUCAACGAGCUGAACCGCAUCAUCCAGAGGUUGACGGCCGAGGUGGAGAAUGCCAAGUGCCAGAACACCAAGCUGGAGACCGCAGUGACCCAGUCUGAGCAGCAGGGCGAGGCGGCCCUGAGCGAUGCCCGCUGCAAGCUGGCUGAGCUGGAGGGCGCCCUGCAGAAGGCCAAGCAGGACAUGGCCUGCCUGCUCAAGGAGUACCAGGAGGUGAUGAACUCCAAGCUGGGCCUGGACAUCGAGAUCGCCACCUACAGGCGCCUGCUGGAGGGAGAGGAGCAGAGGUUGUGUGAGGGCAUCGGUUCUGUAAAUGUCUGUGUCAGCAGCUCCCGGGGAGGAGUCGUGUGCGGGGACCUCUGCUUGACGGGCUCCCGGCCAGUGACCGGCAGCGUCUGCAACGCCCAGUGCAGCGGGAACCUGGCGGUGAGCACCGGAAUGUGCGCGCCCUGCGGCCAGAGCUGUGGCAGCGGCCGCUCCGUGCGCUUCGCCUAACGCCCCGGCUGUGUGAAGACCCCGCUCCGCGAGCCCACAGUCCCUGCGCCCCGCCGCGGUCCCGGAGCUCCGAAGGCUCCGGACUUGAGGAGGAAGAAGGGCUGCGGGCACAGCGGCCUGGCCUGCCCAAACUGCCGUGCGCCCCGGUCUGCAUCCCCUUCCGCACUUGUCCCUCGGCGUCUUCCAGGAAGAGCCGGGCUCCUGGCCCGCAGGUCUGGCCCCGCUGGCCCACCCCCAGGAGUCUAAAUGACCGGUUUCCUUGUCGCCUUGGGCAAAGAUCCGAUCCCAAUUUGGGCUGCUCUGGGCGCUUGGACACCUGUGGCUUCUCACAGAUUGGCCCCAGGAACCUUCCUGCGCUUUGCCUCCUCCUCCUUCCAAGCCUAGCUAUGGUGACAGGCUGCGUUUCCGUUUGGGAGGGGCCAAGAUUCCAUCAACGCCUCUGCUCCCUCCCUUCCCUCUUGCUUGGUCUCCACGUUUCCAAUAAAGCUCACAGUCAUGUA